AAAAUGAAGAGUCUGGUCGUGUAUCAUUUGCUCAACUUGGUGUUUCUUCUGAGCUGCACAGCUCAGAGUUAACGUUGUUUUUCUCUUUUCAUGCUCACCUCAGUAUAUUCAGACUGCACGCAGAUUAGGGCUCACGUACCACGAGCGCGCAGCGGGGUUUAUUUAAUCCACCCUCCUGGAGUCCAUACCCCGUUUAAGGUGUACUGUGAGAUGAGGCGUGAUGGAGGCUGGACAGUGAUUCAGAAGCGCUUUGGAGGUGCGGUUUCCUUCAACAGGAACUGGGCAGCUUAUAAAUACGGAUUUGGAUUCCUUGCACACAACCACUGGCUCGGUCUGAAUAGAGUCUUCUCUCUGACCCGCUUCAGGACGUGGACCAUGAGGGUGGACCUGUGGGACCAUGAAGGUGCCUCUGCCUACGCCGAGUACAGAAACUUCAGAGUGGAGAAUGAACAUGCAAAUUUCAAACUGCAUGUGGGGCGCUACAGUGGAAAUGCAGGGGAUGCCAUCCGUGGUGCCUAUCCAGGCGUUGACCAGAAUGGCUUCGGCUUCAGCACCUUCGACCGCGACAAUGACGGCUGCUCCCCCUGCAUCUUUGGGGACAUUGCUCAAUCACAAUGUGUUAGUUUAGACGAAGGCGGUUGGUGGUACAGCAGCUGCGGCUCUGCCAGUCUGAACGGCAUAUGGCAUCCUUUUGAUGAUCACAACUUUUGGCAGUCAGGGCUCAACUGGUACAACUGGCAUGCUCAUUACUCCAUGAGGGCCUCCAGAAUGAUGAUCAAGUCUGUGUGAGAGGAGCCGGUCGUCUUGUCUUGUUCUUCAUUAUACGCAAAUCAGUUGUUUUUAUUUUUAGAUACAUACUGUUUAUUUCUGCCUUUGGGGAUGGGUUAUCUUUUGUAUAUUUUUCUUCACAAUCUAUGUAUCCUUAAAGCAUUCACAAUACCUGAAAA